AUGUAUGAUAUUCUGGGGGGUAUGAUAUCCAUAGUAGGGGUGUCGAACAAACCCAUGAGUUUCAACAAUAGUAUUAAUUCCAGCCCAAAUGUCAAAACCCAAACAUGGGAUAAUGCCGAUAUUAAUCAUAGGGCAUUUAUCCUAUUACCAGUAUGGUUUUUGUCGAAAGAAGUGAAAGAAGUUCGAACCAUUGUCAAGUUGCAAGCCACUGGAAGAAACGAAGUUCAGGUUGAUAUUGUAGCAGAAGUCGUGACAGAUGAACCAACCGAGACAUCACAACAAUGA